AUGCUGGAGGAUGGUAACAAGGGAUCUGGCGGGCUUGGUAAGGCACACAUAAUCUUUGGUAUUGCAGGAUUCGUGAAGUUCACCGCUGGGUGGUACAUGAUCGUUGUAUCAAAGCGUUCUGUUGUGGCACUUCUUGAUCACAAGAUUGACCGUCCCGCCGAGGAGCAGCGCCUUGUGAAUAUGUUCAAUCAAGUUGACAUGUCGAAAAACUUUUACUUGAGUUACUCAUGCGAUAUCACCUCUACGCUUCAAAAUAACCUCACCAAGCCAAAACGUUUCAAUGGUACCAGAUGGCCCUUCAAUGAUCGAUACGCCAAACUUACUGUACUUGGGCGUGUAGUCUUUGUAACGCAAGUUAUUGCCCGUCGGUCGCGCCAUUAUGCUGGAGCUCGAUAUUUGACCCGUGGUGUCAAUGAAGAGGUACGAAACUAG